AAAUGCUGAUUUCAGUAAUUUGCAAAAAAUAGCGUAUGGAUUUUUAGCAACUGAAGAACAAGAUAAGGUUUCGAUUCUGGAUAUUGGUUGUGGGUUUUUUUUUUAAUUUUUAUGAUUAUUAUUUUUGGUUGGCUUUUUUCCCCUUCCCCUGUGGAUGUGAACUGAAGACCUACGGAGGAGCUCUGGAUGAGGGAACAGGAGGACGCUUACUUCAUUUUAUUUGGAAACACUCGUUGCCGCGGUAUCUUCAAGUUAUAUUCCACAGUCAUGUGGUCAUCACAGCUGCUGUUCUUCACAAUGCUCUUAGCACCAGCAGUGCAUGCUUUCAGUCGUGCCCCUGUUCCUAUGGCCGUGGUCCGACGGGAACUGUCCUGUGAGAGCUAUCCAAUAGAACUUCGCUGCCCGGGAACAGAUGUCAUCAUGAUUGAAAGUGCCAACUAUGGUAGGACCGAUGAUAAAAUCUGUGACUCUGAUCCUGCUCAGAUGGAGAAUAUCCGCUGUUAUCUGCCAGAUGCCUAUAAGAUUAUGACUCAAAGAUGCAGUAAUCGUACACAGUGUGCAGUGGUAGCUGGCCCUGAUGUGUUUCCAGACCCUUGCCCGGGAACGUACAAAUACCUGGAAGUGCAGUAUGAAUGUGUCCCUUACAAAGUGGAACAAAAAGUUUUUCUUUGUCCUGGCCUACUAAAAGGUGUAUACCAGAGUGAACAUUUAUUUGAGUCAGACCAUCAAUCUGGGGCCUGGUGCAAGGAUCCUCUACAGGCUUCUGACAAGAUUUACUACAUGCCUUGGACCCCGUACAGAACUGACACCCUGACGGAGUAUUCUUCCAAGGAUGAUUUCAUAGCUGGGAGACCAACGACCACCUAUAAGCUCCCUCACCGGGUAGAUGGCACCGGAUUUGUAGUGUACGAUGGGGCUUUGUUCUUCAACAAGGAGCGAACCAGGAAUAUAGUCAAGUUUGACUUGAGGACAAGAAUAAAAAGUGGGGAGGCUAUCAUAGCAAAUGCCAAUUACCAUGACACCUCUCCUUACAGGUGGGGAGGCAAGUCCGACAUAGACCUGGCAGUGGAUGAGAACGGGCUAUGGGUAAUCUAUGCAACAGAACAAAACAAUGGCAAAAUUGUCAUUAGCCAGUUAAACCCUUACACCUUAAGGAUCGAAGGGACGUGGGAUACAGCCUAUGACAAAAGGUCGGCUUCCAACGCUUUCAUGAUCUGUGGGAUUUUAUAUGUGGUGAAGUCGGUGUAUGAAGAUGACGACAAUGAAGCCACAGGAAAUAAGAUAGACUAUAUUUACAACACUGACCAAAGCAAGGAUAGUCUGGUGGAUGUUCCCUUUCCAAACUCGUACCAGUACAUCGCUGCUGUGGAUUAUAACCCCAGGGACAACCUCCUUUAUGUAUGGAACAACUAUCAUGUGGUGAAAUAUUCUUUGGAUUUUGGACCACUGGACAGCAGAUCAGGGCAGGCACACCAUGGGCAGGUUUCCUACAUUGCUCCACCAAUUCAUCUUGAUUCGGACCCGGAGAGACCGCCUUCGAAGGUAUCGACAUCUGGGGCGCAUGGCAUGGGAAGCACCACCACCAGCACCCCUCUUCUCCUCACCGCCACGAGCACCGGGCGCACCACCACCACCUCAGCCGUGGGCAGAAGGAACAGGAGCACGAGCACACCCUCCCUGGUGGUGGAUGUCCCCGAUGAAAUGACUACACCCCUUCCACCUGCCUCCUCCCAGCUCCCCGCUGUAGGGGCAGAGAGCUGUGAGGCUGUGGAAGCCCGUGAGAUAAUGUGGUUUAGGACCCGGCAAGGACAGAUGGCAAAGCAGCCGUGCCCUAUGGGGACAGUAGGUGUUUCAACUUUCCUGUGUCUCGCUCCUGAUGGGAUCUGGGACCCACAAGGGCCGGACCUCAGCAACUGCUCUUCUCCCUGGGUCAAUCACAUCACACAGAAGCUGAAGUCCGGGGAGACAGCUGCCAACAUUGCCAGAGAGCUUGCGGAGCAGACGAAAAAUCACUUGAAUGCUGGAGACAUUACAUAUUCAGUCCGAGCCAUGGACCAACUGGUGGGCUUGCUGGAUGUGCAGCUCCGAAACCUGACUCCAGGUGGGAAAGACAGUGCUGCGCGCAGUUUAAACAAGCUUCAGAAAAGGGAGCGCUCUUGCAGGGCCUAUGUCCAGGCCAUGGUCGAGACAGUUAAUAACCUCCUGCAGCCGCAGGCUCUGAACGCAUGGAGAGACCUGACCGCGAGUGACCAGCUGCGUGCAGCCACCAUGUUGCUGGACACAGUGGAGGAAAGUGCCUUUGUGCUGGCCGAUAACCUCCUGAAGUCGGACAUUGUCAGGGAGAACACUGACAAUAUCCAACUGGAAGUUGCCAGGCUAAGCACCGAUGGGAAUUUGGAAGACCUGAAAUUUCCACAGAACCUGGGCCACGGAAGCGCCAUCCAGCUGUCGGCAAAUACAUUGAAACAAAAUGGUCGAAAUGGUGAAAUCAGGGUGGCUUUUGUGCUGUAUAACAACCUGGGCCACUAUCUCUCCACGGAGAACGCCAGCAUGAAGUUGGGAACAGAGGCCAUGUCAACCAAUCACUCCGUCAUAGUCAACUCCCCCGUCAUUACAGCAGCAAUAAACAAAGAGUUCAGCAAUAAGGUUUAUCUAGCUGAUCCUGUGGUGUUUACAGUCAAGCACAUCAAGCAGUCAGAAGAAAUUUUCAACCCUAACUGUUCAUUCUGGAACUAUUCAAAACACACGAUGACAGGGUAUUGGUCGAAACAAGGGUGUCGGCUCCUGACCACAAACAAGACACACACCACAUGUUCCUGUAAUCAUCUCACCAACUUUGCAGUCUUGAUGGCACAUGUGGAAGUCAAGCACAGCGACACAGUCCACGACCUGCUCCUGGAUGUUAUCACGUGGGUCGGAAUUCUGCUGUCACUCGUCUGCCUCCUGAUCUGCAUCUUCACCUUUUGCUUUUUCCGCGGGCUCCAGAGUGACAGGAACACAAUUCACAAGAACUUGUGCAUCAGCCUCUUUGUGGCUGAGCUCCUCUUCCUCAUCGGGAUCAAUCGAACGGAUCAGCCAAUCGCCUGUGCUGUGUUUGCUGCCCUCCUGCACUUCUUUUUCCUGGCGGCAUUCACCUGGAUGUUCCUGGAGGGGGUGCAGCUGUACAUCAUGCUGGUGGAGGUGUUUGAGAGUGAACACUCGCGAAGGAAGUACUUCUACCUGGUUGGCUACGGGAUGCCCGCACUCAUCGUGGCCGUGUCAGCGGCGGUCGACUACAGGAGCUAUGGCACAGAUAAAGUAUGUUGGCUCAGACUUGACACCUACUUCAUUUGGAGCUUUAUAGGACCGGCGACCUUGAUAAUUAUGCUUAAUGUAAUCUUCCUGGGGAUUGCUCUCUAUAAAAUGUUCCAUCAUACUGCCAUCCUGAAACCUGAAUCUGGCUGUCUCGACAAUAUCAAGUCAUGGGUUAUAGGUGCAAUAGCCCUACUCUGCCUCUUAGGACUGACCUGGGCCUUUGGACUUAUGUAUAUUAAUGAAAGCACAGUCAUCAUGGCAUAUCUCUUCACCAUUUUCAAUUCUCUGCAGGGAAUGUUUAUAUUCAUUUUCCAUUGUGUCCUCCAGAAAAAGGUACGUAAAGAAUAUGGAAAAUGCCUGCGCACACAUUGCUGUAGUGGGAAAAGUACAGAGAGCUCCAUCGGCUCAGGAAAAACAUCUGGGUCACGGACUCCUGGACGAUAUUCCACAGGCUCACAGAGCCGGAUCCGUAGAAUGUGGAAUGACACAGUUCGAAAGCAGUCCGAGUCUUCCUUUAUUACUGGAGAUAUAAACAGUUCAGCUUCACUCAACAGAGGAGCCAUGGCUAAUCACCUUAUAACCAAUGCUCUGCUUCGUCCUCAUGGCACUAACAACCCUUAUAAUACAUUGCUCGGGGAAUCGGCGGUCUAUAACAACCCUUCUGUCAGCAUGUACAACACACAAGAGCCCUACAGAGAGACAAAGGGGCUUCUGAACAAUGCCAGGGAUACAAGUGUCAUGGAUACUCUACCACUGAAUGGUAACCACGGCAACAGCUACAGCAUCGCCAGCGGCGAGUACCUGAGCAACUGUGUGCAAAUCAUUGACCGUGGGUAUAAUAACCACACCGAGACUGCCCUAGAGAAAAAGAUCCUGAAGGAACUCACCUCCAACUACAUCCCUUCCUAUCUGAACAACCACGAGCGCUCCAGCGAACAGAACAGGAACCUGGUGAACAAACUCGUCAACAACAUCGGCAGUGCGACCGAGGACGACGCCAUCGUCCUCGACGAUGCCACCUCCUUCAAUCACGAGGAGAGCCUGGGCCUGGAACUCAUCCACGAAGAGUCCGACGCCCCCUUGCUGCCGCCAAGGGUUUAUUCCGCUGAGAACCACCAGCCACACCACUACACCAGAAGACGGAUCCCGCAAGAUAACAGCGAGAGCUUUUUCCCCUUGCUAACCAACGAGCACACAGAAGACCACCAGUCGCCCAACAGGGAUUCUCUGUAUACCAGCAUGCCCACGCUGGCUGGCAUGCCCGUCACAGAAAGCGUUACCACCAGCACCCAGACCGACCCCCCCACGGCCAAAAGUGGUGAUGCCGACGAUGUGUACUACAAAAGCAUGCCAAAUCUAGGCUCCAGGAACCACGUCCAUCAGCUACACACUUACUACCAGCUGGGGCGAGGCAGCAGUGAUGGUUUUAUAGUCCCACCGAGCAAAGACGGGACUUCCCCCGAAGGGAGUUCCAAAGGACCUGCUCACUUGGUCACUAGUCUAUAGAAGAUUAAGCAAAAAUGUAAAACAACCAACAUCCCCUCCCUCUCCUCUCUAACACCUGGUUUACUGUUCUGAGUUAAUACAAGCAGUGGUAAUAUUGUGCGUACUCCUAAAUCUUCGUGCUGUUCUAAAAAACAAACAAACGGUCAGACUUUUUUUUUACUGGAAUUUUUAGGCCAGCCCGGGGAGAAUAAGAACUGAUGAAAUUCCACCCCUUUCCUCCCCUCCCUCUCUCAGACAGACUUCAUUAUGUUAAUGAAAGAGAUACAACAGAUAAUGGCACACUUCGUGGCCUUCUCGAGUUAUGCUGUGUUUGUUUAAACAUCCUUGAUGCUCUGUUGCUAUUAUUACUGAGGACCUGAUUUAAAACGAAAAAAAAAAAAGGCCAAAACGUGCAUUUGAAACUAGUAGCGAUGAUGCAUCUCGGUGGGAGUGCUGCACAAAGAACAAACAACAACAAAAAAUAGCAAAACUGUUUAUUAUGAAUCUGUAUCACAUAAUGGUUUUUGGUCACUCACAACUUGAUUUAACUGCAGCGCGCUUAGCUGUGGGAGCAAACAAAACAAAAUCUAAUGAAACGGAAGGGAAUUCUAGAAUUAUAUAUGCUACACGCAUAUUUUAUGUUUUGCUGUAUUAACUGACGAUAAAAAAAACUAAUGGCAGAAAAAAAAUUGAACAAUUUCUAUGUAAUGUACAGAUACUAGCAUUGCACAUAUAGUCUGCUUUUUGUUCCUCCAGAACUUGCGUCCCUGUUAAUGUAGUGGAAAAAAAAAUAACUUUUUCUGUUGUGCUGGUCUUGCAAAUUUGUCUACCAGUAGGAGCAAGGUUUUUCAUAAAUCCUUUUUUGCCAUUGUUUUCUUUAAAAAUUUCACUGGGCAAAAAAACCCCAAAAAAACAAAACAAAAAAAAGUCACUUUCUAAGGUUCGUAUUCUAGUAAUACAAUCACAAAUUCUUUCCAACCAAUGGAAUUUUCUUUUUCUCAUGCUUUCUCUUUCUUCAGUCGGUGUAUUGCCAACAAAAAUUUCGCAGAUUAGAGCAGGGCAAACUUUAUGUUUACAGUGCACAACCGAUGAUAAUAAUAAUAAUAAUAAUAAUUAAUAUGAAGCGUAUUUGGCAAGCCGUCCCUCACCCAGGCAGUAGGCACGGUACUAGAAGCCAAGAGAUCUCUUAUAGUUAUAGCUGGGCUUCUGCAUGUGAAAACAAUAUCCCUGUAGGAGUUAAGAGUCUUCAGGCCUCAGUCUGGUUCCCAAUCUAGGCACUUGUACUGCAGUGGUUAAAAAAAAAAAGAAAUUUGACUGUCUUAUAACAAGAAUUUGAAAACCAACUAUUUUGAAGUGAUUAAAAAAAUCCUCUGUUCAUUAUUUUCCUAACAGGAAAUUUAUUUAUUUGAUAGGAUUUGAAGUAAUGUAGGCUUUCCGGAGGUAAAUUAGCAGCACAGAUUAUAAUUUUUUUUUAAUUUAUGAUCCAUUUUGUAUGGUCUCAAAGUUGAAUGACCUCAUUACUAAUAUUUGUUGUAAAAGUGAAACUUGUUUGCCAACCAAUAAACAACUGAUUAAGAUUUAGAAGAUACUGUAUGUACUGUACGACUAAACUUUCUCUUCAUUUUUCUCUCCCUUCCUGUCUUCAAUACAAGAGUUUUGAUUCCUUUAGGCCACAGGUGAGCAGAGCCAAGGAAAGGAGCCCUAGAUGAAUAACUUAAGCACAAAAAUGAUAUAGCUAUGGCUGACUGGAAGGAUAUAGAAAAUCAAGCUAGGUGUACUUUGUCUUGGGGUAGGGAUGAGAUGAAGUGAACCUGCUUUUUAGCAGGUUACUGCAUAGGUCUAGUGGGUUUCUACUGUAUAAAGUAGCCUAGGACAUGAAGAUAAUUUGAGUACAGUAUUUCAUGUGUUGUACCUUUUUAGCACUGCAAUAUCCAUUAUAUCUUUUUGGUACUUUGGUUCUUCUGAUGUUACAAUCUGUUGGUAGUGUGGCAAACAGUAAAAAAAUGGUCUCCCUAGCCACCAUUUGUGGUCUUUAUAUUUUAAUGGUGUGGACCAAUGAGAAACAAGUUAUCUAAAAAAGAACCACUGGAUCCUCCCAACUAUUCCAGGGUCAAUUUCAGCCACUUUACAAAGACCUCCAGUUUCUAACAGGAGUUUGAUGGUCCCUCUGAGUAUUUAGCCGGGAAGACAUAUAUAAAUUACUUCCCCAAUCUGGGGUGUCUCCUCUAUUGUGUUGCUUGCCAGUGUAUUGCCAUACCAAACUCUCCUCCAACUCACCUUGAAAUUAAUUUUUGAAUAGAUCACAAUUAUAUAACUUUCCCAAAGACAAAAUAUGUAAUUUAGAAAAGUCAACACAAUAGAACAGAAAGACUGACAACAAAAAUAAGUGCCUCAGGGCACACCCAGCACUGACUAUAAAGUGACUCAGAUGCUAAUUCUCAUAGAGCUGUUGUGCAUUGCUCUGUCGAGGUCUGGUCCUGCUUCCAUGCAAGUCAGUGGCAAAACUCCAAUUAACUUCAGUGAGAGAAGAAGGACUUGGGGUGGGUAGGUGAUGUCUCCAUUAUUGCAUGCUUUCCCUGUUUGAUGAACAAAAUCUGUUGGCUACACAGUUACAGACUAUAGGCCACAUUCUGUUAUCCUUUACUCACCCUGAGUAGUACUUACUCUGCAAGCUGCUGUACUGACUUCAGUGGCAUUACUCCUGAAAUAAAGUAGUAAUCAACGUGAUUAUUUAAGGGUAUUAGACUCUGGCCCUGAGAAAUCCCAAACAACACAACACCACACAGUACUAGUUAUCUGGAUGGCUUCUUCUAGCCACUUAUUCAGAUUGGAAAUAUGUGCUGAAGGGAACCCCAUUUUUGAGUGUAGGAGGUAACCCCAGAGAGCUGGCUGCAGACGCUAGAGUUUACACUCAACAACAAGCAGCAUUCUACUUCAAUGCCGAGCAGCUGGGAACAGUUGUCUUUGUAACACUGUGGGAACCAUCUACAACCCAGUCUUCCCUCUUUCUCUUGGUGCUGCCAGCCUGAUGCCCUAAAACUUGCUGCUCUUUUUAUUAUUAUUAUGGGGUCAGUGUGAUUGAGACAAAUGGCAAGCUGUAAAUUUACGCGUGCAAAGGUAAAGACAAUUUCAGCUUCUCCAUGGACGUAACUUCAGUGCAGCAAGUCAAGUGGACACUGUUGAUGAUCUACUACACUUGAAUUAUGUAUAUUUCUGAGAAGGACAAAACCUUCAACAGCAGCAGACUCCCAAAAUGCUUGUAGAGGGACAUGGCAGAAUUAAAUUCAUGCAGAGGGUAAGAUCUUUCACAGUGAUUGUUGUCAUAAUA